GAGGCCGGACGUCUUUCUGUUUGUUGGCGCCAUCCGGAGAAGAAGAGAAGGGUCUUUCCUCUGCUCUGUGGCUAACUGCUACCUGUUCAUGCUAAACACCGGCAAUUUAACCUGAUUGUGGAUGUCUCACAAAACGACAUAGGGUAAACUGUGCGCGGUUUAUGGCAAGGAUAUAUCAGCAUAUCAUCACGACGGUUCGUUGAUGUUCAUGUUAAGCAGGACAGGUGUGCCACAGGGCUCCACAUCAAUAAUGAACACAUCCAUGCCUAGCCUGAUGAUGGACACAGGAAGCCAACAGCUGCCAAAUGUCCUGGAGGAUGACUUAAGCAAAGACUUGAUGAACGCUGGACGGUUUUGCUUCAGCUGUGAGCAGAUAUUUGCAAAUCGGAAAUUCCUGGAGGAACACAUUUGUCCUGCUGCAAGUCACAUCUGCUCCUGUGGAACCGAGUUUACUGUAUACGAAGACAUGCUGGAGCACAGUACUACACACGAACCUGGACACCAAGUGCUUGAUCAUGAAACAAUAAGGAAGCGCAGAAUUGAGAAGCGCAAAGAAGAAGAGGAGAAGCUGAAAAGACUACAGUCAGGUGAGGUUGUCUGGAAGGCGCCAAAAUUGGACAAUGUGCCAUCAGUUUCUUUGCCAAUGAAGCCAAAGCUGAAGGUACCUAUUACAUCAGCUCUUAACCCCGUGCAGUCUGCGCAGAUUUCAAAAGUGCCUGCGUUGUACCCAUCUUUGCUCCCAAAUCCUAUCCCAUCUGAAACAGACAUGCAGAAUAUUUUUGCAAGUGUUGGAGCACCAACAGUGGAUCUUUGGACACUUUACCAGCCAGUGGUGUUGUUGAAAACGGUGCGCAAGUUUAACAAGAAAAAGCCAUACACCUGCGGUAAAUGUGGGGAGUGUUUUAUGACAAAGAACUCUCUCAUCUCCCACAGCAGCUGUCAUGUUAUGGAUAAAGUUUCUGGCUGUAUAGGAUGUGGGCUGCUGCUCUCUAGCAAGAAGUUAGUGCCUCGCUUCCAUGUUUGUAACUCACCCAGCACUGCUACCAAAUUCAGACUCAUCACUGCGAGACCACUGGCUCACAAUGAGCAAAAUGAUGCUAGUACAGACAGGAGUCAGAAUCCGAGUGCUCAAAGGUCUCAUGUUACUUCCUCCCUAUACUUGAAAAGCAAGAAUCCCAGUGCAGCCAGUAAAGGCAGUCUGGCGCUUCAUGUCCCUUCCGCCCUGCCGUUGAAAAAUCAGAAUCUCAGAACAUUCAAUAGUCAGGGGUUUCAUGUCACUCCAUCCCUGCAGUUGAAGAGUCAGAAUUCCAGUACAUCCAAGCCUUACGUCGCUGUCUCCCUUCCUUUGAAGAGUCAGAGUCCAAAUCCCAUGGCACUCUAUAAAAGCAGUUUGGGGCGUCCUGACACUCCCUCUGUGCAGUUGAAGAUGCCCAUAAACUCUAUGCCACUGAGCAAAGCGACGCAGACAUCCUCGGCACCAAAUGGGUUCACAUGUCGAGUCUGUCAUAUUUCUUUUGAAACUGCUCAGCUGCUUCAGAGGCACAAGUGCGUCAAAGCAAAGGAGUUUAUGGCACAACAUGUGCGAGCUGGUAAACAGAUUUACAGACAGAACAGGGUGACACCAGUGGCUCAGGUGAAUGGUGAGAGAAGACUUGGGGUCCCAGCUUCUGGUGACAUAAAGAAAAACCAAGUCAUGGCUGUUGGUUUGGACAAAGGGCAAGGUGCGGUUCCUGUAAACGUGAAAACAGGAGUGGAUUUGGAAGAUGAUUGUUACAUUGUUGAAAGUGGAGCAGACAAACCUGCUGAGAUGAUUUACCAAGUAACCUCAUCUGUCCCUAUUAAGACUUGACCAAACUGGAAAGGCACAUCCAGUUUGCAUGUCACAUAUUAUGUUAAUUAUGGACCAAGUGCAUAAAGGCAACAGUCUGACUGAACACCAUCUACUUGUUUAGGUUCAUUCCACAGGAAAACAGUGUUUCCUGUCUCCCUCUAAACUACUUUAAAACUACUUUAAAAUAUAUAUAUCAGUGUAGGAUGGAUAGUGCAUUUUAAUUAAGCUGGAUUUCUUUUGUCAGUACAGUAAACAGUCCAAAAUGAACGUCCCAAAGUCUAAAUUCUGUACAUUGUACCAGUGUAUUCAUGCAUUGGUCCUGCAUUACAGAAAAUGUAAAUCAAUAUAGGUCAUUAUCAAAAUGUAUGUGCGUGGUUUGCCCACGUUGCAUUGGGGUGACCAGGUACUGUAGUUUUUUUGUUGUUCUUUUUUUUUGUUUAAGUUUUUAGUAUGAUCAGAAUGUGUUGUCAGGCUGUGAGAAUUGACCACGAUGCCCUGUGUUCUUACCUUUGUCGGAUUUUUCAAAUACACUAUAUGUCGUAUUAAACUAUAUUUUCAAAUUCA